AUUAGUUACCGGCAGGGGCGGACUGACAACUCAUGGGGUCCCGGGCAAUAGGGGAUCAUGGGGCCCCUGUGUCCUUGCCCAAACUCAAAAACGCCUAUGAAAAAGGUACCAGGGGCAUCUCAUGGGGCCCCCUACUGACCCCGGGCCCUCGGGCAGUGCCUGAGUUUCCAAAUGGUCAGUACGCCCCUGGUACAGUGCAUUAUGUAGGGUCGCAGUGGUGCAUCCAAAUCAUUCCAAAAGGGCUGCCCAUGCACCACAAUGUAUCUGUUUAUGCAACCUUUUUUGGUUUAAAUCUAGAGUCCCAACUCUGUACUAUCAAGUUCUUUAGGCAG